AUGCCCUUCCUCCACUCUCCAUCAACACCGCCAACCAUGUUCGGCCGCAUCAAGGACAAGUUCUCCAGCAAGCGAAGCUCCUGCGCAUCCCCACAGGAUCGGAACAUGGCUCCUUUCAACUCAAACAAUCCAUUCUCUGACGACUGUGAGCUGCCCUCGCCUCUGUGCGACGAUGACAAGCCCCGCCCAGUACUGAUACCUGAAAUCACAGUCAACGACGCGCCUCCCGCUUACUCCCCUGUGGAUGAAAGCAGAGCUAGGUCUAGAAAGCCUACGCAUCUCAACGUCGGGGCCGGCCGUCGGGGCGCUUCGCCAUCUCCCAGCCUUGCCAGUAUCACCAGCGCCGAGGACAAGUAUGCCUUCCUCUCCACUUUCGACACCAUCUUUGUCAUCGAUGACUCUGGCUCCAUGUCCGGCCGCUCGUGGCGAGAGACUCGUGAUGCCCUCGCCGCCAUCACACCAAUCUGCACAGCCCACGACCCAGAUGGAAUCGACGUCUACUUUCUGAACCACCGCUCCAACAGCUCCGGAUCAGAGGGCCAGGCUCCCGGCGGAUACUACAACAUCCGUGACGUUCACCAGGUAGAGCGCCUUUUCAGCUCCGUCCGCCCAACAGGCGCCACCCCCACGGGAAACCGCCUGCAGAGCAUCCUCAAGCCAUACAUCGCUAGCCUGUCCCGUCGACCUGACAGCAUGGACACGACCAAGCCGGUCAAUGUCAUCGUCAUCACCGAUGGAGCUGCUUCGGAUGACCCCGAGGCCAUAAUCGUGCACAACGCCAAGAAGCUCGACGCCCUCGAGGCGCCUCCUCACCAAGUGGGCAUCCAGUUCUUCCAGGUCGGCAACGAGCACGGUGCUGCUGCCGCUCUGCGACAGCUGGACGAUGAUCUCGAGGAUCAGGGUAUUCGCGACAUGGUCGACACGGCCACUUGGAGCACCAACGGCUUGAAGGCCGAUGGCAUCCUCAAGGUCGUUCUCGGCGCCGUUGUGCGACGCCUGGAUCGCCAGUCCAUCCGCAACUCUGUGGACAGCCGUCGCCGCUAA